AUGGCGCUCCACCGCAGCGCUGGAGUCGUGUCUCGCCUCCCGUCCCAUGAGAAGCAGAAGAUGGAGACUACUCCUUUCCCGUGGCUGCCCAUGCUUGCCAUCGCGAUCGGACUCGUGAGUCAUUCGUACGCUCUGACCAGCCUCUUCCCCUACGUGGGGUACAUGGUGCAGCACCUCGGGGUCACCGACGACAAGGAUGAAGCAGGGUACUACGCGGGCUAUGUCUCGUCCGCCUUCAUGGUCGGCCGCGUCGGGAGCUCUUACUUCUGGGGGCGCUUCGCCGAUAGUCACGGGCGGCUACCGGUGAUCUACGCGGGCCUGACCUCUAUGGUGGUGCUGUCCAUCGCUUUCGGGCUUUCGACUUCUUUCUUGUGGGCCCUGGGCUGUCGGUUCCUCCUUGGCGUGCUGAAUGGUCUCCUCGGGAUAUCUAAGGCCAUGACCUCAGAAGUCUGCGGGAAGGAGCACGAGGCUACGGGAAUGGCGUACGUUCUAGGGUGUGCAUCUAUUGGGCUUGUGAUCGGCCCUGGCCUUGGAGGCCUGCUGGCUGAGCCGGCAACGCACUACCCAACCGUGUUUUCGCAGUCGGGAUUGUUCGGGAGGUUUCCCUACCUCCUGCCGAACAUCGUCGGGGCGGGUAUCGCCUUGACCGGUUUACCUUUCGUCUUCUUCUUCCUAAAGGAAACGAGGCACGUACACAACAACAGAGGCGAUAGCAGCGGUGAGUUCAAGCUCCUUUCGGUCUCAGAAGCGGGGACCGUCGAAACCCACGAGGCCGCCACGGUCGAAGAAGGCGGGAUGGUCGAGAUGACCCCAACGGCAAGGACCCAAAACACCCUUGAAAGCGACACAAAUGGCAGCGGUCGCGACAACAUACUAUUGGCGGACCGUCGUGCGGAGGGCUCGAGGGCUGUAAGGUACGACGGCGGCAUCGAGGGCCGAAGCGGAACCGCCGAUUGCUACGACAUCGACGAAGACCACGGUAGAAAUUCGGGCGAGCAGAGCCGCCAACUGCUCUCCGCAAGUGGGAGGUCUUCAAAUGAUGAUUAUGUUGAUGAUGGUGAUGAGCGUGAUGAGGCUGCGGCUUUUGGGGCUGGAGGCGGGCGAAAGAGCAACCGUGAAAGGUUUCGUACGACUACUAGAGCCUUACAAAGAUUGGAAAAGGCCAAGGGAUUCGGCGAUAGCGACAGCGGCGGCGAGGGUCGAUGGGGCAGGAGGAGCACCUGCUGGCGGGAGUGUCUCGUGCCGAUACAAUUGCUCACGGAGAGACGCACCCGCAAUGUCAUGUUCGUGUACGCCCUCUUUUCGUUUGUCGCGAUAGGAAACCGUGAGCUCUACCCGCUGUGGGCCCUCAGCACGGUGGCCAGCGGGGGCCUGGAUUGGAGUUCGAAGCAGAUUGGACAGGCCCUUUCUGUGUGCGGAAUAUUCAUGCUUUUCUUCCAGCUGUUGGUGUACCCUCGGCUGUCGAAACGAAUAGGGGCGACGAGGUCGCAGCGCUGGGCGUGCUUCCUUUCAAUCCCUGUAUUUCUCGUGUUCCCGACGCUGUCCCACCUUCGUGGUACCGAGAGGACGCUCGUCGCGGCCUCCCUGGUUUUGUUGUUCCUGACCAACGCAGUAGCCAACACGGUUUUCAUCAACGUUGCUCUAGCAACAAACAAUGCGGUGGAGCCGUCUCGACGCGGGACGCUGACCGGGCUGUCGAUGACGACAGGCUCGCUGGCCAAGGCCGCCGGCCCAACAUUUUUCUCGUCGAUUUUCGCUUGGUCGAUCGACGGGCGUCGCCGUCCUUUCCCCCUCGACUACCACCUGGCGUUCUACCUGUUGGCGCUGGGGAUGGUUCUCGUGAGCUGGGCAAGCUGGGGUACAAUUUGUUCGCCGGAGCCAGUACAAUCGCAAUCUGCUGCUUGCGUGGUUCCCGCGCGGGACCGAUGGAAAUACUCACAAGAGCGAGAAUACGAGUAUCAUGGCGGUGUUACGGCAGAAAAAUCCCUGGGCGAUGCUAGUAAAGCGAUACCCAAGUAAGGCUCGUCGUGACGUUGCUGUCCACGACGGAACCUGCCAUCUCACUCUGAUGUUAAUUCGCUCACGAUUUGGUCGUUGAGAGUAUGCAUACGUGGUCGAACCAUCAUCGUGGUGAGGGAGACCUUCGAACGCGUGGAAAUAAAAGACUGCACGUGCCCACACGCCGUGGGUUAUUUAAUUUUUCGGGUCAUGCCUUCACCGUUGUACAGAUCAACUUGUAUUCAGUGAGUAAGGAGAUAUUGCAGAUCGAAGCGGUUCGAGCCGGCUUCAUGUAUGUACGGUCUUGACCUUGUUCUCUUGUUUUUUCGAACGUCGGAUCACCUCGAGAGCGUUCAUCGUCUUGUUUGGUUCCAUGCGCGUGAUUUGCGAAUGCACUCCUUGUACAUGUCGUCCCUCGUGAGGUAGUGGCAUGGCUGCUCUUGGCCUUUUCUCUUCCGUGUCGGCUUGACAUUUGCACAACUUCUCGAAAUGCAAAAGGUGCAAGGGUGGG